AUGUCCUCAAGCGAGUACUCGUUCAUUUUCAGCUCCCUUGGCUCAAAGCAACCCAACAAUACUAGGAAGGUUCAUAUCCGCCGCUUGUAUGACAUUCUAAAGCUCUGUAUACAACGUCAAGACUGGGCCAGGGCUAAACAUGCGUGGGCCAUCCUAGCGAGAUGCAGGGAAGUGGACUGGAAGGCCAUGUGGUCGACUAGUGUCCUCCUCCUCGGUGAAGGUGGAGCUCAAGAUGAACUCACCCAAAUCAACGAAGAUAGAGUUCGUUUCCUGAGCAUCAUGAUGCGGCAGCACCCCGACGAACGCGAGUCUAUACUUAAAGAACUCGUGCUGCGCCUGAUACAUGCAGGCAUGCACCGGAGAGCCCUGGAACAACUGGACUUGUACCUGCCUUCAUACCCUUACCAGGAUAACCCUGUGUUGCACGUGUACGCUGGGCUGGUUACACUAUAUCUCGCGCAGCCAGAAAACGAUGUCUCCUCGGAGACGAAUUACAGCUGGGAUCUCAACCUCGUACGUGAUGCCCAAGCACACUUCGAACGCGCACGAAUAGUCGACCCUUCAAACGUUGUGGCCGAAGCUUUCCUCAGUCAGGUAAAAUCUGCACACGAAGGUGCUCACAUGCUCACUUGGGCGUUUCGUUGA